AGUCAGCCUGACACAACUCUUCCUUCCCCUGGCACAGCUGGCAGCAAGUCACAACAUUUGCGUCCCAAUCCAUUCAUACUCAGGACAAUAUAUUCUCCAAUUGUUCAAGAAAGGAGUGUCUCUGUCACACAUAAGAACAAACAUGCUGUUUUGGUUGUUAGCCCUUCUCAUCCUCUGUGGCUUCUUGUGGAAUUAUAAAGGACAAUUAAAAAUUUCAGAUAUUACUGAUAAGUAUGUUUUCAUUACUGGAUGCGACUCAGGCUUUGGAAAUUUGGCAGCCAAAACUUUUGAUAAAAAAGGUUUUCAUGUCUUAGCUGCCUGUCUGACUGAAUCAGGAUCAGCAGCUUUAAAGGCAGAAACAUCAGAACGGCUUCACACAGUGCUUCUGGAUGUAACAGACCCUGAAACUGUCAAGAGGACUGCCCAGUGGGUGAAAAACCAAGUUGGGGAAAAGGGUCUCUGGGGUCUGAUCAACAACGCUGGCAUUCUCGGGGUUCUGGCUCCCACUGACUGGCUGACAGUGAAUGACUUCAGAGAACCUAUCGAAGUGAACCUCUUUGGCCUCAUCAAUGUGACACUAAAUAUGCUUCCCUUGGUCAAAAAAGCUCGAGGGAGGAUUGUCAAUGUCUCCAGUGUUGGGGGUCGGCUUGCAUUCUGCGGAGGGGGCUACGUCCCAUCCAAAUAUGCAGUAGAAGGCUUCAAUGACAGCUUAAGACUGGACAUGAAAGCUUUUGGUGUACAUGUCUCAUGCAUUGAACCAGGAAUUUUCAAAACAGGACUGUCUGAUCCAGCAGAGUCCAUUAGAAAAAAGCUUUCCCUCUGGAAACAGUUAUCACCAGAUGUCAAACAACAAUAUGGAGAAGAUUACAUUGCAAAAAGUGUAGACAAACUGAAAACCACUGAGACCUUCAUGAACUGGGACCUCUCCCUGGUGGUGGCAUGCAUGGAGCACGCACUCACAAGUCUCUUCCCCAAAACCCGUUAUGUUGUUGGGAAAGAUGCCAAGACUUUCUGGAUUCCUCUGUCUCACUUGCCAGCUGUUUUGCAAGAUUUUUUAUUGUUGAAACAAAGAGUAGAGCUAAAUAAUCCUAAAGCAGUGUGA